UCCGCAGGAUGUAUCCAGUGCCACUGCCAUCUCUGGUCACGGCACCGUAGCAGAGGCUUCCAUCUCUGUUUGUGAGAUGUUCUUCCUCGUCCGCCGCCGCCGCCGCGCCCUCGCGCUCCCCUUCUCCACCCUACAGGCGGCCGCCCCCGCCUCCUCCCCCACGCCGCCCUCCUCUCUCGACGCCGCGGCGGUGCUCCAGACGCUGUCCCUCUACGCCAACGACUGGCGCCGCGCGCUCGACUUCUUCCACUGGUCCGCGUCCCCGGCCGGCGCCAACCUGCCCCCUACCGCCGCCACCCUCGCCCGCGCCGUCGACAUCCUCGGCAAGCACUUCGAGUUCCCGCUCGCCACCUCCCUGCUCCUCUCCCACCACGACCCCGCGUGGCGGGACCCCGCCUUCCUCCGCCCCGCGCUCCGCGCCCUCCUCAACCGCCUCGCCGCCGCCAACCUCGUCGACGACGCCGUCCGCGCGUUCGAAUCCACCGCCGCCUCCAUCGGCCUCCGCGAUGAGGCCUCCUUCCACCUCCUCAUCGACGCGCUCUGCGACCACCGCCGCGUCGACGAGGCCGAUCACCUGUGCUUCGGCAAGGACGCACCGCCGUUCCUGCUGGGCACCAAGACCCACAACCUUCUCCUCCGCGGGUGGGCUAAGACCCGCGCCUGGGCGCGCCUCCGCCAGCUGUGGUUCGACAUGGACAGCCGCGGCGUUGCCAAGGACCUCCACUCCUACUCGAUAUACAUGGAUGCCCUUGCUAAGUCAGGCAAGCCGUGGAAGGCCUUCAAAAUUUUCAAGGAGAUGAAGCAGAGAGGCAUUCCUAUUGAUGUCGUUGCAUACAAUACUGCGAUCCAUGCGGUUGGGCUCGCGCAGGGCGUCGAUUCUGCUGUAAGGUUGUACAGACAGAUGGUCGAUGCUGGUUGCAAGCCGAAUACUGCCACUUUCAAUGCAAUUAUCAAGUUAUUCUGCAAGGAGGGGAGGUUCAAGGAGGGGUAUGCGUUUGUUCAGCAGAUGCACAAGACUGGGUGCAAGCCCGAUGUGCUAACAUACCAUUGCUUUUUCCAGUAUUUGAGCCGUCCACAGGAGGUCCUCGGGCUGUUUGAGAAAAUGCUUGAGAGGGGUUGCCAGCCAAGGAUGGACACAUAUGUCAUGCUCAUAAAGAGGUUUGGGCGCUGGGGUUUCCUUCGGCCGGUGUUCAUUGUGUGGAAGGCAAUGGAAGAGCAGGGUCUUAGCCCGGAUGCAUUUGCAUACAAUGCACUCAUUGAUGCAUUGUUGCAAAAGGGUAUGGUGGAUAUGGCUAGGAAGUAUGACGAGGAAAUGCUUGCGAAGGGACUCUCACCUAAGCCAAGGAAAGAGCUUGGGACUAAGUUGCCAGAAGCGAAGUCUGACAGUGAUAAUGUACUGAACGGUGUGCUUUGAUUUCUGAAAGCUAGAAAGGGACAACAGCAUUAUCAUGUUCCUACUACCCAUUUUGUUAUAGUUUGACCAUUGGAAGCUGAUUAAAACAAUGGUGUGAUGAUGCUCAUGUUCCCCAACAUAUGUUGCUUAUCUGCCUUUGCAUCGAAGGAGAUCAAAUGUUAAUUCAUGGAUUUUACAGUGAA